AUCUAAAUACGAGAAUGUGAUCUUGGCGUUUCCGAAGUUUGGUGCACCAAGCUAAACAUACAGGUUGUCAUUCCAAGACUGACAGGUGUUUUUCUUUCCUCGCUCGAAUAGAACUCAUGGUCUUAUGCGAGUCACAUUUAUUCCCCGAGACUCGCUCCAUCGCCCUCUCUCUCUCUCCAUCCCACGGGGUGCUUUUCUGAUCCCUGCUUCAAAUCGGACGUCAUCAUCUCACCCCCCCCAACCCUCCCACAUUCCCUGGCCGUUCCCAGGCAGACCCCCUGCUCUUUCCUUCCCACUUGCCUCUCGCUCCCAUUCCCUCCCUCGAGCGCCAUCCUGCAAAGAACUUCGGCUCAGUCCAUCUCUUCAUCUGCAUCAUCUCCUCCUCCACGCUGCCGGGAACCCGCGUAGGAGGAGCAAAGUUUCGGCUUCAUUCUUGGAGAAGAAGGAAAAACAAUAGCCCAGUCGGCGCCGGGGAUUCGUCGGGGGGUAAUGGUAGGGGGGAAUUCAACAACGUGCUGAAGUUUUGCGAGCUGACGUUUCUUAGAGGACAAAGCAUCGUCUGCAGUAAUUGCCUACCGUCCCUCCUCUUUGUUGCAAUGCGCCCUGCUCAAUGAAGGUAAUUCACUCGUCUGUCUCGUCUGCAGCUGAUUCAAUGCGGGUGCUUAGAACGGUCCGGUUUUUCUCUCUCUCUCUCAGUCGUGCAGGGAUGGACUUGCGAAUCAAUGAUCAUUAUAAACUUGGAGACGGACUUUCUUGUAAACAGCGAUAAAUAAAAACUUACAUAACUCCAGGCAACGAACCAGUGACCACAAAACAUGCACCCGAUGUGACUGACGCGUGCUCUCUCGCUCAAGAUCAAAGUCGCUGAUUAAAAUAUUAAAUUAUAUAUAUUAUUGGAAACUGGGAAUAACGCACACAUUUUUUUGAGACAUUUCAAACGAUCGUAGGAAAUGCGAAGUAAAGGAUCUACCGAGGAAGACCAGUGCUAUCAAAAAAAACAAACGUCAGUUAUUGUGAAAGGAAAUUAACAUGUAAAGGAAUUUGGAGCUCCUACACGUUCAGCGAGUGAGAAGAUUUCAGAGGCGCGCUUUGUCCUGCCAAAUCCAAUUAACAGAUACAUUAACCAGCAGUGGCUUUAUUUCUAAAUGAAGCAAAAUAAGUUUUCAAGUGAAUUAUAUUUCAGAUUACAGGAUUAAUGUAUACCGCUUCACCGUGGCUUUGCACGAAGAAUAAUACCAAGCCUACAAUACAGUUAAAAAAUACCAACACGACCACGUCUUACAUUUACGCGCUGAAGAAGUCAUCUGCGUCCGGUUCGCAGGCAUGUACCUGAAGGAGUCACAAGUUAUUUGAUGCUUGACUCCUACUACGACUACUAUAUCGGUAUUGUAAAAGAAAAAAAACUUCACGUCUGCCAUCGUCACUGCCUACUACCGAGCUACACAUUCGUUUGGACAAGUGACCUUCCGCCCAGUUGCAGGACCCCCGUGCGCAGCGUGCAGGCGAGCCGUGCGCGCGUGGAAUCUCCAUCGGGUAGAGGAUGAGCUCGCCUUCCCGGCCAAGAUGAAGAACUCCUCCUGGGGUGUCACCAACGCCCCGCUGACAAUUUCAGCAGUGACCCCGGCCCCAGACGCGAAUGGCACCUCUCAACCUCCUCAGCAGCAGCUGCUGCAGCUGCUGCUGCAGGAUCAAGCUCGCGUCGUGGGUCUCGUGUUGACGCUCGGCUCCUUCAUCGUCUUCGCCAUCGCGGGCAACGUUCUGGUCAUCCUCUCGGUGUUCUGCAACAGGCACCUGCGCACGGUCACCAACUACUUUAUUGCCAACCUGGCCCUGGCGGACCUCCUGCUGAGCACAACCGUGUUACCCUUCUCCGCCGCCCUCGAGGUGAUGGGCUACUGGGCUUUCGGGCGGCCCUUCUGCGACGUGUGGGCUGCGGUGGACGUGCUCUGCUGCUCGGCGUCCAUCAUGAGCCUGUGCGUCAUCUCCGUGGACCGCUACGUGGGCGUCGGGUAUCCCCUGCGUUACCCGGCCAUCAUGACCGAGCAGCGGGCCUUGUUCGUGCUGGUCAGCGUGUGGGUGCUGUCCAUCGUCAUCUCCGUGGGGCCUCUGCUCGGCUGGAAGGAGCCUCCACCGGAUGACGAGACUAUCUGCAGCAUCACCGAGGAGCCAGGCUAUGCGCUCUUCUCGUCCAUGCUGUCCUUCUACAUCCCCAUGUGCGUCAUCCUGGGCAUGUACUGCAAGGUCUACACCGCGGCCAAGAGGCAAACCGAAAGCCUCAAGGCCGGGGUCAAGAGGGCCAGGGCCAACAUGAGAGAGGUCACCCUGCGCAUCCACCGUGGCCGGGAUGACGGCUCGGCCAAGGGGCCCCAUCACCUGCGGGGGUCCCUGUCUGUCAGGAUCCUCAAGUUCUCCCGAGAGAAGAAAGCGGCGAAGACCGUGGGCAUUGUCGUGGGGGUCUUUGUCCUCUGCUGGUUUCCAUUCUUCUUGGUCCUGCCGCUGGGUUCGUAUUUCCCAGAGUGCAAGCCGGAUGACACUGUUUUCAAGAUAAUCUUUUGGCUUGGCUACUUGAACAGUGGCGUCAACCCGCUCAUUUAUCCAUGCUCCAGCCAGGAGUUCAAGCGCGCCUUCCUCAACGUCCUACGCUGUCGAUGCCGUCAGAAGCACCACCGUCCCGCCUGGCGGGGCCACCGCUCCAUCUGCGGCAGGUCGGCCGCCACCUCUGCCCGCCCGCCCCACCACUGCAGCCGGACCACGCUCGGCCCCACCGACGCCGAGAGCCCGGCGGUCAGCUUUUACUCGCGGCGGAAGUCGAACUCCGGGGACCUCGUCGCGGACUUCUGCUCGACGGAGCGGAAGAGGAGCUCCCACAGCUAUCAAUCGCGCAGUAGCUCCCACGACAUUUCGGCAGCUUUUUACUUGGAGCCAGAGAAGAGUUCCAUCAGCCUCGUGGAUGAUUUUUACCCGGCACGCGAGCGCAGUUCCCGUGACCUUUCCGACUGCUAUCGGGAUUCGGGCCCCCCCGUUACUCCAGGGUCAAAGCUGGGCAGUUACCUGCAGUGGGUGACUCGGGGCCGCCGCUUCAAGAGAGAUGCCCGUCUCAGCCAAGACCGUGGAAUGGCCAUCGGCAUGGGUUCACAAACAAAUUGUGACAUAGAAAGGGGAGAUAUUAAUGUGCAUGCUGAAAGACCUACUGGUGAACUUGCGAUUACAGAAAUAUAAAUAUUGUAGCCCCUGUUUGUAAAAAAAAAGUAUAAAACAGGGGCAAAAAAAACAGAACUGGGGUGCCUACAGUGGAGUUGUCACCGUAUGAAUUAAUGACUGCUGCAUAGAAUGUCUAAUACUUUGUGAAUGUACGGAAACGACAGUGUAUUUCAGCAUGGCAGUUACACUGCCAAAAGCUAAUCAGACUUUUGCUCAUCUGUACAUAAUGUUGUAAACCAUUCGUUCAAGUCUAUUCAGAACUGAUUUGUCAUGUACAUGUUUACCACUAAUUUAAUGUGUAAUACAUUUUCAUUAAUAACUGUACCGUGUAAUUUACAGUGUGUUGUGAAAUUAAAUUUAUUGCGGUAUUUCAUGCUGCACUUUUAUCGUUUCAGUAUAUAAAAUGUGCAUACCCUGUACGGUUUUGGAGCGCACACUGGGGGUACAAGUAAAUAAAAGCUGCACAAACAAAAACAAACAUUUCCUUCCUGUAUAAUAAAAUAGUUGUAAUGUGCACGAUAAAAUAAUGUACACAAUAGUAGAGUAACAUUAAAAAUGUUUGAAGCAUCCUCAAACUAGAAUUUUCUGUCAAAAAAAGAAAGUAUGUUAUUGUCUUAUGAUUAUAUUCUUAUCAGGCUCUUUAGUGUAAAAUAGUCUCCAACUCUAAUGAUCCACACUAGCUGGCCUCUCUGUGUGCUAUGAGUUUCAGUUCUUUCAGUUUCAGUUUAUUUAUUUUGGUACAGCCCUGUGAGCCAUUCGGCUCUUGAAUCGGGUGCAACCACAACCAACAAAAAAAACAGAAACACGAACAAGAAAACAUCUUAAAG